UGAAACUUCCUCCAUGUGCAAGUAUGUCUCUGGGAAGUUUCCUCACACCAAACAACCACCUUCCUCACACCUCCAUUGAAGCUUCUCCUAAGCUUCCACCCAUCUUCCUCCCACCUUCCUAGUACCUAGUUUUGGUGCUAUAAAUAGAGAGCUUGGAGAGUCUUUCUAUCAUCAAGCAAUUUAGAUCAUAGAUUAGAAUACCACAACCAAGUUUGAGUUGUGAAUAUCCUUGAGAGAUAUGUGAGGUGUUUUGAGAGUUUUUAGUUAGAGCUUGUAUGUCUCUUCUUUCUAUUCUUGAAAGUAAUAGAAGUGUUUUUCUCUCAAAUUAGCACGAUCCUGUUAUUCCCAACAAGUGGUAUCAGAGCUUGGUUGAGCUUUUGAUAUUUUUCCCAGAUUUUUUCAGAUAAAAUUCUACUGUCUGAAAAAUCGAGUUUUCAGUAUUGCUCAGAAUUGCAAUCUGAAUAUACCGUUGGAUUCGUCUCGUCGAGAAGAGAAUACUGGUAUUUUUGGGGAUUUUUUUGGCCACCGGAAGCUGCCGUACGCGCCGCCAAACGCCGGCCAAAAACUGCCUGCGUCAUGCUGACGUCAUCACGCGCAGACAGAGGUUGAAGACAGCUGACGUCAUCGCUGACGUCAUCAGCCAGCCAGAGCUGCGUCAUCGACACCUCAACGCCACAUGUGCAGUCCCAGCACAAUCAGCCGCCACGUCACUAGUCAACUGCCAACUUUCACCAGCGCCCAGUCAGCUGCCACGUCAUCGCCCAGUCACCGCCACGUCACUGCCACGUCAUCUGCCACGUCACCGGUCAGUUUUUAAAUUUUGAAAAAUUGCAGUUUGGUCCCUCAAUUUUUGAAAAAUUAUAAUUUCGGCCUAUAAUUUUUCGAAAAUUGUAUUUUAACCCCGAAAGUGCCUACCCACCAUUUUCGGCCGUUCCAGACGCAACGGUGCUGCCCGUUUUUCGAAAUUCUGCUCCGAUUUUUCUGAAACAGAAAAUCAAAAUUAUUUAGAAGGUGAAAAUGACCUUUGACGAGUCAACUUCAUCUUCCGGAGCUAUGAUUAUGCUCACGGCUACCAACUACACGCUAUGGAAACCUCGGAUGGAAGAUUUCCUUAGCUGUAAAGACCUUUUUGAUCCAAUAGAGAUGAAAGGUAUUAAUCCUGACCCGGCUAAGUCAACGGAAUGGAAGAAAAUUAAUAGAAAAACUAUUGGUCAAAUCCGACAAUGGAUUGACCAUAGUGUCUUCCACCAUGUUGCACAAGAAACCGAUGCUUAUGCCCUUUGGAAAAAGUUAGAAGAUAUGUACCAGGCCAAGACCGCUAGGAACAAGGCCCUACUGAUGAGGCGUCUUGUCAAUAUGAAGCUCAAAAGUGGAACUUCUGUUGCCGAACAUACUAGUCAAUUUCAGAGUCUGGUAAAUCAACUAUCUUGUGUAGAAAUGCCACUUGGAGAUGAAAUGCAAUCUCUACUGCUUCUUAGUUCCCUUCCUGAUAGUUGGGAGACACUAGUUGUUACUCUCAGCAACUCAGCCCCAGAUGGCAAACUUACCAUGUCUGUGGUCAAGGAUGCACUGUUCAAUGAGGAGGCAAGAAGGAAAGACAUGAGCACAGAUGAGACUCAUGCCCUUGUGACAGAGAAUAGAGGAAGAUCACAAGGAAAACAACAAAGAAACAGUAGAGGGAAAUGGCAAAGCAGGGGCAAAAGUCGGGGGAGAUCAUCAGAUGGCCGGAAACCUUCUUAUACCUGCCACCAUUGCGGUAUAGAGGGUCACAUGAAGAAGAAUUGCUACAAAUUGCUAGAGGAGCGAGGCAAGAGCAAUUCUCAAGCGAAGAGCAAGGGUGGUGAAGCGCUCAUCACAAUCUCAGGUGAUGUGGCGUAUUGUACUAUCAAUGAUGAAACAUGCCUUCACGUCUCAAGAGAGGACACUGAAUGGGUGGUAGAUACUGCAGCAUCCUACCAUGUUACUCCCCACAGGUACUACUUCACAACUUACAAAGCUGGAGACUUUGGAGCAGUGAAGAUGGGCAAUUCCAGUUCAUCUGAAAUAGCUGGAAUUGGUGAUGUACAAAUAAAGACGAGUUCUGGGAGCACAAUCACUUUGAAGGAUGUUAGACAUGUUCCAAACCUUCGUCUCAAUCUCCUGUCAGUGGUAUGUCUUGACGAACAGGGGUAUGAAAACCACUUUAACAGGGGCACCUGGAAAAUGUCAAAGGGCGUUUUGACAAUCGCUCGAGGACAUGUUUGUGGCACAUUGUACAAAACUCAUUUGAGGAUUUGUACGGAUAGCCUCAAUAUUGCUGAGGAGACUACUCAGAAUCUGUGGCAUCUGAGGCUCGGCCACAUCGGUGAGAAAAGGCUAACUACCUUGAUUAAGAAGAACCUUAUCAACAUCGACAAGAAUGCUGCACUGGGUCCUUGCAGUCAUUGUCUGUUUGGUAAGCAUCAUAGAGUAUCAUUUAGUUCUACUUCAGCUAAAAGAUCAGAGUUGUUAAGUUUGGUACACUCCGACGUCUGUGGUCCUUUCGAGGUGGAAUCAAUCGGUGGAAGCAGAUAUUUUCUGACUUUUAUUGAUGAUGCUUCUCGGAAAGUGUGGGUGUAUUUCCUGAUUACGAAAGAUCAGGUAUUUGAGUGCUUCAAGACAUUUCACGUCUUGGUGGAACGUGAAACGGGAAAGAAGCUGAAAUGUCUCCGAUCUGAUAAUGGAGGCGAGUAUACUUCUAAGGCGUUCGAUGCAUAUUGUAGAGAAUAUGGCAUUCGACAUGAGAAGACAGUACCACGCACCCCUCAGCACAAUGGCGUUGCUGAAAGAAUGAACCGGACUAUCAUGGAGCGUGUCCGGAGCAUGCUGAAUAUGGCUAAGCUUCCGAAGUCAUUCUGGGCAGAAGCAGUCAACACCACAUGCUACCUUAUCAACCGAUCACCUUCGGUACCACUGAACUUUGAAGUUCCAGAGAGGUUAUGGACAGGUAAGGAUCCUACAUACUCACAUCUUAGAGUAUUUGGAUGUUCAUCAUAUGCACAUGUAUCCAAAGAGCUCAGACAGAAGCUCGAUGCAAGAACUAUCCCAUGCAUUUUCGUUGGCUAUGGAAAUGAAGAGUUUGGAUACAGGCUAUGGGAUCCUAAGGAGAAAAAGGUGUUCAGAAGUAGGGAUGUUGUGUUCCACGAAGAUUUGACAAUAGAAGACAUUGAAAAACCCACAAUGUCUCGGAAGUCAAAUGAGGGUGUUCAAGUUUCAAAUGAAGCACCAGAAGAGGACAAAGUGCAUGAAGAUAACUCAGAAACAGAAGAAGGCGAGGAGACAGAAGAGAGUGCAGAGCAAGGGGAGACACAAUCCACCCCGCCAGACACAGAUGAUGGUAGCUCUUCUCAGAUGGUUCCUACUGUUCGUAGAUCUGAACGAGGGCAUAUACCAUCGACAAGGUACACAUCAUCCGAAUAUCUUUUGUUAACUGAAGAUGGAGAACCGGAGAGUUUUCAAGAAGCUGUAUCUCAUAAGGAUAAAGAAAAAUGGCUAAUAGCAAUGCAGGAUGAGUUAGAAUCUCUGCAGAAAAAUCAAACUUAUGAGAUCGUAGAACUUCCUAAAGGGAAGAAGGCACUAAGGAACAAAUGGGUGUUCAAGCUGAAGAAGGAUGCAAGCGGACAAGUGGUGAAACACAAAGCUCGGUUGGUUGUCAAAGGGUUCCAGCAGAAGAAAGGAAUUGACUUUGAUGAGAUCUUUGCACCAGUUGUCAAGAUGACCUCAAUCCGAGUUAUUCUUGGCUUGGCAGCAAGUAUGAACUUGGAGCUUGAACAGAUGGAUGUGAAGACAUCAUUUCUUCACGGAGAUUUGAAAGAAGAAAUCUACAUGCAGCAGCCGGAAGGUUUUGAGAACUCAAAUGAUAAUUUUGUGUGUAAAUUAUCUAAGAGUUUGUAUGGCUUGAAGCAGGCACCAAGGCAGUGGAAUAAGAAGUUUGACUCAUGCAUGAAGAGUCAAGGCUACAAGAAGACUACUGCAGAUGAGUGUGUAUACAUCAAGAAACUUCCAGACGGUACCUUCAUUGCUCUUCUACUAUAUGUAGACGACAUGUUGAUCGUUGGGAAAGAUGCAGUGAAGAUAAACCAACUGAAGAAAGAACUCUCUAAGUCUUUUGAUAUGAAAGACUUAGGACCGGCUCAACAGAUUCUUGGGAUGCAGAUCACUCGAGACAGGAAGAAUCGCAAGUUAUGGCUAUCUCAGGAGAAGUACAUUGAACGAGUACUUGAGAGAUUCAACAUGAAUGAUGCCAAGCCAGUAAGUGUUCCACUUGCGAAUCACUUCAAGUUGAGCAAAAGAACAUGCCCUACAUCCAAGGAAGAGAUCGGGGAGAUGUCAACAGUUCCAUAUUCUUCAGCAGUUGGGAGUUUGAUGUAUGCCAUGGUAUGCACAAGGCCAGACAUCGCACAGGCAGUGGGUACAGUGAGUCGUUUUCUCUCUAACCCCGGGAAGGAGCAUUGGGAGGCAGUCAAAUGGAUUCUCAGGUACUUGAAAGGUACCACGAAGUUAUGCCUUUGUUACGGAGGAGCUGAUCCAGUCUUGGAAGGCUACACAGAUGCUGAUAUGGCCAGAGAUACUGAUAGUAGAAAGUCUACUUCAGGAUAUAUUUACACUUUUGCAGGGGGAGCCGUUUCUUGGCAAUCAAGAUUGCAGAAGUGUGUCGCUUUAUCUACAACAGAAGCAGAAUACAUUGCUGCCGCUGAAGCAGGUAAGGAAAUGUUGUGGCUAAAGCGCUUUCUCCAAGAACUUGGGAUCCAGCAGAAAGAGUAUAAGGUACAUUGUGACAGUCAGAGUGCUCUAGACUUGAGCAAGAACUCCAUGUACCAUUCUCGUACAAAGCAUAUUGACAUUCGGUAUCACUGGAUACGGGAGACGAUUGAUCAACAACUGUUGAGACUAGUGAAGAUCAAUACAAAGGAGAAUCCAUCAGACAUGCUGACAAAGGUGGUGACACGAGAUAAGCUAGAGCUAUGCAGAGACAUAGUCGGGAUGCUUGUUUUGAAUAUGCCUGGAAGGGGAGAAUUGAAGAAUUCAAUUUCCAGGUCAUAUCCAAGUACAAGCAAAUUGAAGAAUCCAAUUGUGAGCAACAUCCAUGAAACUUCCUCCAUGUGCAAGUAUGUCUCUGGGAAGUUUCCUCACACCAAACAACCACCUUCCUCACACCUCCAUUGAAGCUUCUCCUAAGCUUCCACCCAUCUUCCUCCCACCUUCCUAGUACCUAGUUUUGGUGCUAUAAAUAGAGAGCUUGGAGAGUCUUUCUAUCAUCAAGCAAUUUAGAUCAUAGAUUAGAAUACCACAACCAAGUUUGAGUUGUGAAUAUCCUUGAGAGAUAUGUGAGGUGUUUUGAGAGUUUUUAGUUAGAGCUUGUAUGUCUCUUCUUUCUAUUCUUGAAAGUAAUAGAAGUGUUUUUCUCUCAAAUUAGCACGAUCCUGUUAUUCCCAAUAAUUUCAUCACCCUUCAUUUGGUUGUUCUUGAUAGUUCCCAUGAGAAUUGUUUUUUUUUUCCUUUUGUACCCAGGGAGAUGAAAAUGUUGGGGUUGCCCUUCUAACCUAUCCUGUACUGAUGGCUUCUGAUAUUCUUCUAUACCAGCUUGAUCUUGUUCCUGUUGGAGAGGAUCAGAAGCAACAUCUUGAAUUGACACGAGAGCUUGCAGAACGAAUUAACUAUUUAUAUGGAGGUAAAAAAUGGAAGAAGUUGGGAGGGCGAGGUGGUCCAAUAUUUAAGGUACCUGAACCUCUCAUUCCACCUGCUGGAGCUCGAAUAAUGUCCCUUACUGAUGGCCUUUCAAAGAUGUCAAAGUCUGCACCUUCUGACCAAUCUCGUAUUAACUUGCUUGAUCCAAAAGAUAGCCAUUGAGACAUACAAAAACUUGAGAGAUAAAUUUGAGUUACAUAGUAUUAAAAUGGGAUACUUUGAGUUUGCACCCCAUAUUAUUGUCUAAAUUGGACUUUGCACCCUAUUGUUAAAAAUCUUUGUUUUUGCACCCUAACCUCAUAUGAAAAGACAAAAAUGCCCUCAAUCAGGAAUAUGUUGAAGGUCAACUGAAUUGUCAAUGGAGGGGCAUUUUUGUCUUUUCAUAUAGGGUUGGGAUGCAAAAACAAAGAUUUUUUAAAAACGGGAUGCAAAGUCCAAUUUAGACAAUAAUAUGGGGUGAGCCAUGGAAUCGAACUGCAGCCGCCACAGAUCUAGUAACAUUGAUGAAGGCUUUGUUGAAGCUUCUCCCAUCGUCCAUGGAAUCGUCGACCAAGACAUCUUCGUUGCUGAGCCGCUGAAGCACCAAGACGAAGAAGAACAACGUUGCAGACGCGAGCGGGCGGCGGCGGCGUGUAUCGGCGAAAAGGUGUCCGACGUUGAUGUUUGGAGCUUUGGUCGGUGCUGUUGUUGCGCACAGGGGAGAAGUUCAGUGAAGACUGUGGGAUCUGGUGCGUCGCUUGGAGAUCUGGCAAUAGCAAAUAAGAUAAAACGUUGCAAAACUGACUCAUUGAGUGGCUUGGAAUUUGACAACCCUGAUAGACCAGAAUGCAACAAUCUUCUUUCUAUUUAUCAGCUUGUGUCAGGCAAGACAAAGCAGGAAGUUACUGAGGAAUGACAAAAUAUGAGCUGGGGAGCAUUUAAGCCUUUGCUUACAGAUGCUUUAGUUGCACAUCUACAUCCUAUCCAGGUUAGAUAUGAGGAAAUAAUGUCUGAUAGUGACUGUUUGGAUAAAGUGUUAGCAGAAGGCGCUAUGAACGCAGCAAACGUUGCAAAUGUCACUCUCCAAAAUGUUUACCAGGCAAUGGGGUUUAUGCGGCGAUGAUUAUAAAUUAUUUACAUUUUAAAGAAAAUAACAGUAUGUAGUAUUAGUUAUACAAUAAGUCGAUGUCUAAAUUUAUUGGAUAUGUUUUUCUGUACAUUCAAAUUGUGUAUCUACUAAUUGGAAGAUGAAGUGAGUUAGUUUUAUCAUCCAAUAAUUAGGUGGCACGUUGGAAUAUACAAA